AUGGCAGCAGUGAAUAAUAAGACACGAUGUAUUACAUGUGACAAAGAAAAACGAACGGUCAGAUGUGAGGGAUGUCUACAAUUAUUUUGUUAUGAUCAUUUAACGGACCAUCGACAAGAAUUAAAUAAACAAUUAGAUCAUAUUCAACUUAAUCGUGAUGUCUUUCGACAAACACUUAAUGAACAAAUGAACCAUCCACAAGUACAUUUAUUAGUUAAACAAAUUAAUACUUGGGAAUUAGAUUCAAUUAAAAUUAUUCAACAAACAGCAUCGGAAUGUCGACAAUUAUUAAUUGAACAUAGAAAUGAACAUUUUAAUCAAAUUGAAGUUAAUUUAAAUAAAUUAACUGAUGAACUAAGAGAUAUUCGUCAAGAAAAUGAUUUCAAUGAAAUUGAUUUACAACAAUUUAAUGAAAAAUUAAAAACAUUAGCUGAAGAACUUGAUAAAUUAUCGAAUUUUUCAUUUCAACAUGAUUCUACACCACUUAUUCAUAAAGUUUCGGUUGUUGUUGCAUCUUCAGAAGCUAUUAGUUCAUCGAAAAAUAUUAACAAUAAUACGAAAUGGAAACAUAAUGGAUCAACGAUUGCUGGAGGUUAUGGAGAAGGUAGUCAAACAAAUCAACUUUAUUGGCCUUAUGGUAUUUAUGUUGAUGAUGAUGAACAAAUGAUUUAUAUUGCUGAUUAUGGGAAUGAUCGUGUUGUUAAAUGGAAACAUGGUGCCUAUUAUGGUCAAGUUGUAGCUGGUGGCAAUGGACGUGGAACUCGAAAAGAUCAAUUGAAUCUUCCAACAGAUGUAAUUCUUGAUAAAAAGAAUGAUUCAUUUGUUAUUUGUGAUUAUGGAAAUCGACGUGUCGUACGAUGGCCCCGUAAACAUGGUAAAAAUCAACAAACAAUCAUUUCUCAUGUUGCCUGUUCACGUUUAACAAUGGAUAAUAAUGGUGAUCUUUAUGUUUCUGAUUGGGAGAAGAAUGAAGUUAGACGAUGGACAAAAGGAGAAACAACUGGUACAUUAGUUGCAGGUGGAAAUGGAAAAGGAGAAGAUCUCAAUCAAUUGAAUUCUCCUGGUUAUAUUUAUGUUGAUGAUAACCUGUCAGUUUAUGUUUCAGAUUCGAAUAAUAAUCGUGUGAUGAAAUGGACCAAAGGUGCAAAAGAAGGCGUCGUUGUUGCUGGUGGGCAUGGCGAAGGUAAUACUCUUCAACAAUUAUCUCAUCCUCAAGGAUUGAUCGUCGAUCAUUUGGGUAAUAUUUAUGUAGCUGACUCUGGUAAUGAUCGAAUCAUGCGCUGGUCCGAAGGAUCUCGAGAAGGUAGUAUUGUUGUUGGUGGAAAUGGACAAGGUAAACAACCGGAUCAAUUCAAUUAUCCUGAUGGUUUAUCAUUAGAUCAACUAGGUAAUCUCUAUGUUGUUGAUUGGGGCAAUAAUCGCGUGCAAAGAUUUGUUCUUGACAUUGAUUGA